UGGAGUUUAAUGGAGGUGAUCUGAAAUUCUGGAUACAGCAAAAUGGGUAGUGGACAUAGUAAAGUUUUUUGGGAAGUUUAAACUGUGCCUCCGUCCCGCUCAGGCUCCUCUCAUAUCGACGCAUCACAUUCUCUCUCUGUUGAAAAAGCAGUAAAAGCUUCUCUUAUCUGUGUCUGUAUAGAGCUCUAGAGACCGCUAGUGAAGGUCGCGGAGCUCCCAACGACACAUGCAGGUUCAAUGAGCAUUAUUUAGAUAUAUCAUUUAUGUAUGCACAUAGCUCCUCUACAAGGCAGGCAACUAUGAGCAAAGAAAAUGAAAGCGUUACCAAAUUUGAAGAGCCUAAUGCUCGAAUCACAAGAGCACGGGCCAAAGCCUUGGGGACUUCCAGUGGAAUAUUCCCCUCAUUAAAAUCUUCUUUUAAGCAGGAUGAGAAUCGUGUUCUUCGAGCUAAUUCCAAAAGAGCAGCUUCAGAUGAGAACAAAAAUUCCAUGAGUGGAACCCAUGGACUUCAGCAUAAAAGAAGAGCAGUGCUUAAAGAUGUCACAAACAUUAUUGAUGAGGAUAUGAAUAUAGAUGGUACCAACGCAACGAAAGUUCAGAAGGAUAGAAGAGUUCUGGCAAAGAGCAAAACGAAGGUGGCAACAGAUAUCUCAGAGGAAUUUCCUCGGGAUGAAGAGGAUGUGAAGACAAAGUUAGCAGAAGAUUUAUCAAGAAUAAGAAUGGUAGAACCACAAGACCUCACAUUAUCAAGGAAGUUGCAAGAAAAAGAGGUUGUAGAGAAAAAUAUGCUUCAUGGCAUGCAGGAAUCCAGUGCAGAUGAUCAAAUGCUUCAGGAACCAGAUUACAUAAAACCAGCAGGAAUGCAAAAGACAGAGAAUGAGAUUUGCAUGAAACUAGGCGCCUCGAGUGGUUUAGGCAUUGUGAAUAUAGACUCAAACGUAAAAGAUCCUCAAUCGUGGAGCUUCUAUGCGCCUGAUAUAUACAAUAAUGGAUGUGUUGCCGAGCUCAAUCAAAGACCUUCAACCGAUUACAUGGAAAAUUUGCAGCGAGAUAUCACUCCAAGCAUGCGUGGAAUUCUUAUUGAUUGGCUUGUGGAGGUUUCGGAAGAAUAUAAGUUGGUUCCUGAUACGCUAUACUUGACGGUGAAUCUCAUUGAUCGGUUCCUCUCGCGAAAAUAUAUUGAAAAACAGCGACUUCAGAUCCUUGGUGUAACUUGCAUGUUAAUUGCCUCAAAGUAUGAAGAAAUCUGUGCACCACGAGUGGAAGAAUUUUGUUUCAUCACAGACAAUACUUACACUAGGGGCGAGGUAUUGAAAAUGGAGAGCCAACUCCUGAAUCUCUUGCACUUCCAGUUAUCUGUUCCAACCACAAAGACAUUUCUCAGGAGAUUCAUUCAAGCAGCACAGAGUUCUUACAAGGUUCCUUGUAUGGAGAUGGAGUUUUUGGCAAAUUACUUAGCUGAGUUGACUCUUCUUGAGUAUAACUUCCUAAAGUACCUACCUUCCAUCGUAGCAGCAUCAGCUGUGUUCCUUGCCCGAUGGACAGUGGAUCAGACAGACCACCCAUGGAAUCCUACCUUAGAGCACUAUACCAGUUACAAGGCAUCAGAACUAAAACCUGCAGUUCUUGAACUGGAAGAUUUGCAGCUGAACACUAAUGGCUGCUCUCUAAAUGCUAUACGUGAGAAGUACAGACAGCAAAAGUUCAAGUGUGUGGCAGACUUGACCUCUCCAGAACGAGUUCUAUCACUGUUCUAACAAUGAACAGGAACAGGAAGCAGAUAUAUUCCAGAUGAAUUGAACUAUUUAUGUGAUGGCACCGUCUUCUUCGCGUUGCAGUACUUUGAGGUUAAUCGCGACUCCAAUCAUGAAACGAGUACCUCUAUAUUAGAAGUUAUGAUUCUUAUCUGUUUCUGAUUGGUCUUUCUUCAUUGUUAUAGCAUUCUUUGUUUCUUGUUACUUUCAGAGCAAUUAUGACCUGUAAUUGCCUUACCUUGACAAUUAUAGGCCUGUGCGCCUGCCGGGUAAUAAUCUUUCGGAACUUCCCAACCUUUGGGAAGUCAGUCUUUCACAGUUACUAGAAUUAUUUGCUAGAUGGCAAGAAUGCCAUGGAAAUCUAGCCAUUGAAUAUAUCACUCUGUAUUUACAGAGUUCAUGAACUACAAAACAAACGCUCUUUUUUUACAUGUAAUGAUCUUGUUU